CAUUUUUUAACAAAAUCAAAAUGCACCUUAGUAAAGAAAAUGAAAAAUAAAUAUUAAUUUGUUUAUUAUUUUGAGUUUCACCUAGAAAAUUGACUAAAUUAACAAAGUUUUAACAAUACAAGUUAAAAAAAAUGGCGAGUAGUUAUGAAAUUCCUAGUUGGGCCGGGAAGCCACCAACUGGGCUUCAUUUAGAUGUUUUAAAGGAAGACAAAUUAGUCCAAAAGCUAAUGGUUGAUGAAAAGAAAUGUUACUUAUUUGGUCGUAAUGCCCAAAUGAAUGAUUUUUGCAUUGAUCAUGCAUCGUGCUCUAGAGUACACGCAGCGUUUGUGUAUCACAAGCACUUGAAUAUAGCCUACUUGGUUGAUUUGGGAUCAACUCAUGGCACCUAUAUCGGCACAUUGCGUCUAGAAUCGAAUAAACCAACUCAAUUACAAAUAAAUAUGACGUUUCAUUUUGGAGCAUCAACGCGACAAUAUAUUCUCAGAGAAAGACCAUCAGCGGGUCAUAGGUCGAGCAUCAUAGAAGAUCUUCCACUGAAUGAAUCCAGUGAUGGGGCAUUGCUGGGCCUACCCGAGAGUCAAACCGAAUUAGACAACCUCACCGAAUACAACACUGCUCAUAAUCGAAGAAUAUCAAUGUUGGGAAUAACUGACGAUAGUCUUCGAAAGAGCGCGAAUAAAUCACAAAGAAAACGCCGAAGUGUUACUUUCAACGAAGAAGAAAUCGUUAUCAAUCCCGAAGAUGUCGAUCCGAAUGUGGGACGUUUCCGUAAUCUUGUCCAGACAACGGUUGUGCCAAGCAAACGUAUGCGCUUUGAGCCCAAUCAAAUAGGAAUAUCCUCUAGUCUCGUUAACCACUCUAAUGCAAACGAUAUGAAACAUAUGCAUCCGACUUCGAAUACCCCACAAUUGUAUCAAGACCUUCCCGAAGCUCAUGAUCAGAGCUCUAGUCGUUUGAAUAGUGGGAAUGAUUUUGACAUAACACCAAUUGCAAUGGGUACAAAAUUGGGACUUCUUCUACCAAACCCUGCUCCGGAUGUAACGCCAACUGUUGCUGAGCCUGCAGUUUCUAAGCGAAAAAUACCCUUUCCAGGAGGAGCAAAUGUACAACGCUUUGAGGAUCAUUCAGUGCUGGAGAAUAGCAAUGAACCGCAGAAGAAAAAAUACGCAAAGGAAGCAUGGCCUGGUCGAAAACCUAUGCUUGGACAGUUGUAAUAUUUCGUCUUGUAUUAUUAGUGUGUUCUUUUUGCGGAAGUUUUAUUUUGUAUUGCUUUGAAUUGAAUAAAACAAAACAAACAAAUUAA